AUGCUCUGCUAUCUCUGUCAGAUAGACUGUGAAGAGUUCAUAGUGCUGAAGGCACCAUCAAUACAUCAAGGAACUACCAGUGAGACAAGGGCUACGGUGUUGGACUUGUCCUGUAACAACCUCCUUUCCUUGCCGUCGGACUUCUGCAGUUUGAUGCAUCUGGUGAAACUGGAUUUGAGUAAAAACCGGCUUCAACAGCUGCCCUUGGACUUUGGGCGCCUGGUCAAUCUGCAGCACCUGGAACUGCUGACCAACCGUUAGGCCUUAGUCACCCUGCCAGUCAGCUUUGCACAGCUCAAGAACCUGAAGUGGCUGGAUCUGAAGGACAAUCCCCUGGAUCCUGUCCUAGCUAAAGUAGCAGGAGACUGUCUGGAUGAGAAGCAGUGUAAACAGGCUGCUGUCAAGGUACUGCAGCACAUGAAAGCGAUCCAGUCUGAGCAGGAUCGACAGCGGCAACGGAAGCUCCAAGCAGAGCGAGAAAUGGAGAAGAAGCGUGAAGCAGAACAGCGAGCAAAGGAGGCUCAAGAGAGGGAACUGAGGAAGCGAGAGAAGGCAGAAGAAAAGGAGCGCAGGAGACGGGAGUACGAUGCUCAGAAAGCUGCAAAACAGGAGAUGGAAAAGAAAACUAAAAAGGAAAAUGUGCAGACCCGAAAGCCCGCCUCCGGUUCUCGUCCGCCUCAGCCACCCCGGCACAAGCACUCCUGGUCGCGGUCGGUGCUGAGGGUCCUGCUCUUCGUGCUGCUGGGCGUCCUCUGUACGCUGGCCGCCUGCAAGCUGACAGAGCUGAAACAUCAACCUCUCUGCAUCAGCGUGAACACUCUCUACGAGGACGUGGUAGCCGCUCUGCAAAACCACAAAACCCUGCAAAAUGUGCUACAACAGAACUCGCAGCAGUGAUUGUCCUGGACGGGCACUUGCUUCGUCAGCGUCUCCCUCCACCAUCUACGCCGCCAGAAUUCCUAUGGAAUUGUGUUCUGAUGAAACUGCUUUUGAUCAGUCAGCAUUGGUUUGCUGGUCCCCUCCGCGCAGAGCAGAGUUACUGUUCUGAUCAUC